AUGCAGCCGCUCUCGCAAACCAACUCGCUCGUCGUCACCGUGCUCGCGGUGGACCUCGACCAGUUUGCCGCCACGGUCGUCUCGACCAAGCUCCGCCUCGUCUGUGGCGCCCAGCGCGAGACACUCAAGUCCAAGGACGUUGCUCAAUGGGGCGCCGCCGUCGAGUUUCUUCCGCCCGUCGACACCAUCAGCAUCACCGUGCACAUCAAAGACGCGUCCGCGUGCCUGUGCAGUGGGUACGACGUCUUUGGAACAACGUCGAUCCCGCUUUGCUCGCUCGACACUAGCACCACCACCGGUGCUACCGAAGGCUUCUUUCCUUUUGCGCACGGCCACGGCGGCGUGCGCCUUGCGUUCGAGUGGAGCGCCGACGUUGCGCCAUGCAGCCGCGUGCACCUGCCGUGGCGGCGCCAUGCGCACUGCGCCGACUGCAACGCGCCCGUGUGCAAGCACUGCAGCUUUCUGAGCGACCGCGGUGUCGUCUGCCGGGCCUGCGUCGCCGCGAAGCGAGCCCUCGUGCUUUCUCCCGUCGCCUCGGCGACUGCGUCCGAGACCGACUCGGACGGCGCCAGCGCGCCGAUGCCGCUGCCGACCAUUGAGCCGCUUUCGUUUCCGGUGCCGGACGACGACCAUGUCUCGGCCGCCGAUUUCCAAGUCGUCGGCGCAAUGGAUUCGGUGCUUGUGGUGCGCAAGUCGCAUGGGUCGGACGCCGGGACCAUGUACGCGCUGCGCCCGACGCUCAAGACGCCGGCGUCGCUGCCAGGCUUAAUUCGCGCCAAGGCCGUCGUCGAGGCCUUUGACCACCCCCACGUGCUCGCGCCAUUGUAUCUGUUUCAGACCGCGACGACUGCGUACGAGGUCGCCUCGACGGCAGCGCGACAGCCGCUCACGACACUGCUCGGUGGCGUCGACGAAAUCGAAGGCGCACAGCUCCUCGCGCGCGUCCUCGCCGGCCUCGCCCAUGUCCACGCCCGCGGCUACGUGCACGGCGCCGUCUCGUCGGCCAACGUCCUCCUCGGUCACGACGGCACGGUCGUCCUCGCCGGUUUUGAGCACGUGACGCCACUCGCCAGCGAGGGCGCGAUCGUCGACUGGCACGCGUUUGGCCUCUUGGUGUACCAGCUCUUUGUCGGCGCCGGGCCGCUUACCGAAGCCACGUUUCUCACCGACGCGACGUGCCGUCAACACGGCUUGCCGCACGCCGGGCGCGACCUCUGCCUUGCCUUGUUCUCGGCGACGAAGGAGAGCACCGCGACAGACUUUAUGGCGACCGACUUCUUCUUUGGCGUCGACUGGACGACCCUCGAUACGACGCCAGCGCCACACCCGAGCGACGCGCCGCAGCUCGACGACGUCCCGACCGACGCGUUUGACUUGGCGCUGCUCCAAGCCCGCGUCUUUGCCAACGAUCCAGGCGUAUGGCCGCUGUACAUUCCAGAGUACGCGUACGCCCGGGCCACCACGGUUGGCGGCAGCGACUUCGCCGUCCUCGGCACGUUGACGACACCGACACACGACGAGGUGCACCUCGUGCAAAAGCUGACGGGCACCGACGCUGGCGCCUACUACGCUCUGCAGUGCACCGUCAAGGCGACAGCGCGACCGCCGGCAAUCGACGUCUCGUCGCUGCGCCAUGCGACCUUGGUGCCGACACGGUACCGGUUCCAGACGCGAACGACCGCGUUUGUCGUGACGCCGGUCCUUCGCGGCCACACUCUGCGCUCGAUCCAGAAGACAACUGGACUGGACGAGCGCGAAGUGGCGUGGUACUUGUCCCAGGUGUUCCUCGGCCUCGCCUACCUCCACGCCCACGGCGUCGCACACGGUUCUCUCUCGCUUCAGAACGUCGUCGUCACGGACGAUGCCACCGCCGUCUUCGCCCGCACCGACGCGUUUGUACCGCUCACAGCAUCGACGCGCCGGGCCGACUUUAUCGCCUUUGGCGACCUCCUCACUCAGCUACUUGCCGACAAGGCGAUCCUCUCGGACGCCGCCACCGACCUCCUCUCUGCCUACACCAGCGGCACGACCAUCGACGUGGGGCACAGCCUCUUCUUUAGCUGGAUCGCAUGGGACCUCAUGUGUACGGACGCAUUCCAUUUGGAUGUGUCGCGGCCAAUCGGGCGCUUUCUCAGCGCGGACAACGGCCGACCUUGCACUCGCCUCUUUGAAGACGACCUUACCCACCCCUGCGUUCACUGGCCCAACUUCGUGUUUCCACCAAGAACGUCGUCAACGACUGCUAUGUAG